UCCUCCAGCUCCCUGACGACGUCGUGUCCCCGGUGUCGCGUGCCUCGACAUCCUGCUAGCUGGUGCUAGCUAGCGCGAACCUCGCGACCGAAGUACACGUGUCCGCUCGAUACGCGUCGGUAAUCCCACGCGUUCCCCUCCAAAUUCUCAUUCAAUUCUAAUGACAAGAGAGAAAGGUGAACGCGCGACUCGAUCGAACGGAUGUGCAGAGUGUGAAUAUCAUUCCGUCUAGUAUAGCGACGCCUUUCCUUCGACGAAACUUAUCGAUCGGCAGUGCUACGGCGGGAGCGACCAUCAGCGGCCGGCCGGCAUAACGCGUGCACCGGGUCCUCGUUGUGUGCCUCGUAUACGGGAAGCUGGAACGUACGGCGGGCCGUUGAUAAAAUCACACGGUUUACAGAUUCAUCCGUGAUCGACCGUGGGAACGUGCGGCACUUAGAACGGUUAUCGCUGUUCUCUGCCGAGAAAUCGAUGCAUUUGGAAGGCUGAUAAGCGAUCAUCUCUGGAUUGAAUGCUGAGAAAUCAGAAGCAUUCUUCAAAAGGCGUAUGGGAAUGUCCUAAUGAAGUCUUGUACGUGUUCCUCCGGAGAUGAAAUCAUGUUUACAAAAUCUCUGUAACAUGAGAUAAUUAUGUCAAAACCAACAGAAUAUUGUUAGAACGGAUUGUCAGUCGCUGUCUUAAGCGAAGCUAUUAAUCCGCACGCCAAUUAAAAGCUAAUAUUUAUUAUAUAUAUAUAUAUAUAUAUAUAUAUAUCUUCGUUCACAAAAGUGCAAAUAAAAACUCACGCAAAAGAUAUUGUCGAAUAAAUAACAAAAACAUACCUCGGAAAAAUGGCAUACGACGACGUUGUCCUUCAUAUGGGCGAAUUUGGCCGCUAUCAACGCAGAGUCUACCUUCUGCUUUGUCUUCCGGUGAUAUCGUGUGCCUUUCACAAAUUAGCCGGUGUAUUCCUCGGUGCCAAAAUGAAUACCAGAUGUUUACUUCCAAACGAGUAUGCGGAGAACGCCACGUUCCAUCUGAGCCAGGAUAUAUUGAACGCGAGCUAUCCGUGGGACAACGAACUUGAAGGGUGGUCUCAGUGUCUGAAACGCGACGUGAUCGGCGCCGCGAACGGGACGAUCGUUGAAAAAGUAAUUGGUGACGACGCCAGAGGAGGAGGGACCAGCCGUUGCAAGCAGUAUGUGUACGAUAGAAGCGUGUACAAAAGUACAACCACUUCUGAGUGGGGUUUGGUCUGCGACAGGGCGUGGCUGAGAGCAACGGGGGAUGCGUUGUUCAUGGUAGGAGUCAUGCUUGGCUCGAUGAUAUUCGGCGGUUUAUCCGAUAAAUAUGGCCGUAGACCAAUUUUCUUCCUGUCUUUAGUCAUACAGCUGGUCGGCGGUAUACUAGUCGCUGUAGCACCCGAAUUUUAUUCCUACGUAAUCUUCAGGCUAAUUGUCGGUUCAACCACCAGUGGGGUGUUCCUAGUAGCUUAUGUCAUAGCUUUGGAGAUGGUUGGACCGAAAAAGCGAUUAGUAGCCGGAGUCGGCGUUCAAUUAUUUUUCACUGUCGGAUACAUACUCACGGCCGCUUUUGCGUAUAAUAUUACCAAUUGGAGAAUGCUGCAGGUAGCUCUUACGGUACCGAGCAUCGCGUUUCUAGUUUAUUGGUGGUUUAUUCCUGAAUCCGCGCGAUGGCUCCUAACAAAAGGCCGCCUCCAGGAAGCGAAAGAUUUGCUGCAACGCGCUUCUUUGGAGAAUGGCGUGGAGAUGCCGAAUGAAGCUCUAGAAACACUUCUUAAUAAUAACAGUGAGGAUAGUACACCAGAUACGAGAAAACCUUCGCUCUUUGACCUGUUUCGUUAUCCGAACUUGAGGCGAAAGAGUAUCCUCUUAUUUUUCAAUUGGCUGGUCAACAGUGGAACGUACUACGGACUUUCUUGGCACGCAUCCAAUCUCGGCGGUAACGACUACGUUAAUUUUGUAAUAUCCGGAGUAGUGGAAGUACCGGCGUACACAUUCCUCAUCUUCACCCUGAAUCGAUGGGGCAGAAAAAUCAUCCUUUGCGGCUGUAUGAUGUUGUCCGGAUUAGCAUUACUUGCUACGUUAUUUGUCCCUCCCGAUAUGUCGUGGCUAAUCGUUUGCUUGGCGAUGAUAGGAAAACUUGCUAUCACAUCGUCCUACGGUGCAAUUUAUGUGUUUACUGCAGAACAAUUUCCGACUGUUAUUCGAAACGUCGGACUGGGUGCGAGUUCCACUUUUGCUCGAAUUGGCGGAGUUAUCGCGCCAUAUGUCAAUCACUUGUCGGAAAUAUGGACGCCGUUGCCGCUCGUUAUUUUCGGAUCGUGCGCUUUAUUCGGUGGAUCAUUGUCCCUUCUUCUCCCGGAGACGUUGAAUAAGAAACUUCCUGAAUCGAUUCGGGAUGGCGAGUUGUUUGGAAAGAAACCAUCCAAGAAAAAAAAGAAGAAACAGCAAGUGGAUCUUGAUCAAUUGAACGAGGUAGAAGUAAUAAAACCAUUAAAACCACAGGAGAAGCAGAACGGUGUACACGAGAAACAGAAUGGAUGACACUAAAUUACGAUAAUCAAAUCGGUAUUACGUUCAAAAAUAUGUACUCAAUUCUCGUCUGACCAUAUUUUAGACGUCUAUCACGUGUAUUACAUACGUCCACAGAGAACUUGACGUAACACAAUGCUCCUCGAAUUUUGAUUUAAUAUCUACAGUUGUUUAAUAUUUAUUCGCUCUAGAUUCGUAUUUCAAUUGAAUUGAAUUAGAUCGCAUUCUUAAAAGUAAGAUGAUGGUGUUUAUCUACGCGUAUCACGUUGCAAUAAUGCAUAGAAUAUGCAUAUAAGAAUUCUGCCGAUAAACAUAUCAUUACUCAAACAUCUGAAUGUCCUUUAUAAGGAAUGAAUUAUAUGUACGAAAUAUUGCAACUUAUCAAUAAAACUUUGCUAGAAUUUUUCA